UUCCUCUCGAUUGCAGCCCUACACCACCUUGGCUCCUUUUCUUCUGUCUGGAAAAUCAUUUUACUUAUAAUUUGAACAAUUAAUACAUAUGGGAAUUGAUUGGUUGGGAGUUUCUUGAAAGGUUGAAUCUUUUUUGUUAUUUGGGAUCUGAUCUGGUCGGAAAUCUCAAGUGGGGGGCGUAGGAUUUGUUCCACACAUUGAAUCACUGUCAAUGGGCACUUUGGUUGAUGAGCAUUUCAAUGUGGAAGUAGAGAAUGGAGUGAAGUUUGGUGGGUGUGUUGAGGAGAGAGGCGAGAGUUGUGCCAUUGAGGAUUCUGUGAGAGUCCUUGUGCAGUGUUUGGGUGAAGAUAUCAACAGAGAAGGCCUUCGCAAAACUCCUUUCCGGGUGGCCAAGGCUCUCCGAGAAGGGACCACAGGAUACAAACAAAAGGUAAAUGAUAUCAUUCAUGGAGCCUUAUUUCCCGAAGCUGGGUUGGAAAGCGGGAUUGGUCAGGCUGGUGGUGCAGGCGGGAUUGUUAUUGUUCGUGAUCUUGAUCUCUUCUCGUACUGUGAAUCUUGCUUGCUUCCUUUCCAAGUCAAGUGUCAUGUAGGCUACGUUCCGGCUGGGCAGCGGGUUGUAGGGCUAAGCAAGCUGUCUCGGGUGGCUGAUAUUUUUGCGAAAAGACUUCAGGAUCCCCAGCGCCUUGCUGAUGAAGUAUGUGCUGCUUUACAGCAUGGAAUCAAGCCAACAGGUGUCGCACUUGUUCUGCAGUGUUCGCAUCUACGUUUUCCAAACGUCGAGUCGGCCUUUAUUGACACCAAUCGCCAAGGAUGGGUUAAGAGUUUAGUUGCCUCAGGCUCGGGAGUUUUCGAGGAUGAGAAAGCUGAUAUUUGGUCGGACUUUAUGAGUCUACUGAAAUUCAGAGGUAUUGAUGUGGGAAGUGUCCGUGCAAGACACACCGACCAAUCUUGGUGCCCAUCUCAGUUUUCCUGCAAGAUGAACGGACCAAAUUCGACUAUUAUGACAAAUGCAGUGGUUUCAAUUCUUCGGUCUCUAGGCGAAGACCCGUUCAGAAAAGAGCUCGUUGGAACCCCAUCUCGUUUCUUGAAGUGGUUCAUGAAGUUUAAAAAUUCCAAUUUGGAGAUGAAACUGAAUGGAUUUGUUAGAACUAGGAUAGACCCUUUGAGUUCUAAUGGGGAGGUUAGCCCUGAAGAACUCUGCUCUGAAGUGAACUUGCCAUUCUGGUCCCAAUGUGAGCACCAUUUACUUCCUUUUCACGGGGUUGUGCAUAUAGGGUAUUACUGCCCGAAAGGGGGCAAUCCAAUUGGGAAAUCCCUAUUGCAAUCUAUAGUACACUUUUACGGUUUCAAGCUUCAGGUACAGGAAAGGCUCACGAGGCAGAUAGCCGAGACUGUUGCAUCUGUCCUGGGCGAGGAUGUUAUGGUAGUCGUCGAAGCCAACCACACGUGCAUGAUAUCGAGAGGGAUUGAAAAGUUUGGUAGUAAUACCGCUACAAUUGCUGUUUUGGGACGAUUUUCCAGGGACCAUGCUUUAAGGGCGAAAUUAUUGCAGAGCAUUCCAAAUUAUUGUUGUGCAGGGAGAUGAUAAUAAUUGGAUUAUAGGAAGGAAUACACAGGUUCAGUUUUGGCAGGAAGGUUAGACACAAGAUAUAAAUAUAUAAUAGCAAGGAUGACCAGUUGAAUAAAUAUUGGCUUUGUUAUUUUCAUACUAGAAAAGGAUGUCAUAUGCUAAAAUGGCUCAACGAAUGAAGUUGUGUAAUGUGUCAAUUACCUUUCUGCAUUUUAUUAUUCCUUUCUGGGAAAGUUUGGUAGUA